AUGACGAAGGUAGCCGACAACGUUAACCCUCACGUAUAUGACAAGGAGUCUGAGCGUGAGAUAACGUCGGAGGAACAGGACGAAGAUGUGGUGGACGAUUUCGACCAAAGGGAGAUUUUUGAUUUGAUACGUAACAUUAACGAUCCCGAACAUCCUCUAACCUUGGAGGAGCUGCACGUGGUGGAGGAGAAGAACAUAUCUGUGGAUAAUAGCGCGAAUGAAGUCCUCGUGUACUUCUCGCCGACCAUACCGCACUGUAGUAUGGCUACUUUGAUUGGUAAGGUU